UAUGCAUUGAUAGAAAUGAUGUGAUUAUUGGUUAAGUGUUUGUAAACAACAUAUGAUUUGUACUCAAUUGUGGUCAUCAUAUGUGACACCAAUUGUUGGAAACAUUUAUUCAAACAAUUGACCACUUCUUCCACUUCUUUAGAUUUUUGUUUUAAUCCUAUUUUGUUUACAAAUUUGUAUUUAAUUUUUCAUCACAAUUUGCAUUCAAAAUUGUGUCAUCAAAUUAUUGACACUAAUUGUCUUAAAUUAUCUUAAGAUUGUAAUUGAGUUCAACAUUUGGUGAUAAAAUUGAGAUUACUUUAAGUCAGAGUUAACUGAAAGACGAAAACACCAAUUCUUCGUUGGAUUUGUUUUACACCAAACAUUGGAUUAUAUCAUAUCAUAUAUACCUAUAGUCAUACAGUUAUUAUCUGUAUUUAUUGCCACUAAAGAACCCAUCAAUGGAUUACAGAUCAUUGCUUUCUUUGGCCGAUAAGAAACAGGAGAUGAAAGACUCGGACAACGAGUUUUUGGUCAGAAAGAGGGCUUCGGGUGGCCAGUCGUCCGGACCUAACAUAAAGGCUAUCGAAGCAUUCAAAGCACGCAAAGAGAGAGAAGAAAUGGAGAAACUUCGAGAAAAGCGAAGAGAAAAAGAAAAACUGAUGUCUUUGAGGGCACAAAAUUCAAAGUCAGUGAAGAAGGCAAUGAUGAUGAAGACCAGGACUAAAGACAAUGAUUUUUCGAGGAUUGUAUUAACAGACGCACAGAUUGAAGAACAGAGAAGAGUUGAAGAAAAACUUAGACAAAAAGGCUCUCAAGACGUGAUUCAUAAUAGAAAACGUAUGAAUGAUACCGAAGACAAAGUUGUCUUCAAUCAGAAGAAAAAUCUCAACCAAACCAGGAUUAGUCAUUAUAACAAUAAUAAUAAUAAUAAUAAUUUAAAUAAUAUGAACAAAAUGUCACAAAUGAGUACUAAAAGCAAAAAUGAUGAGAAAGUCAGAAGUGAUACUAAUAAAAAUGGGGUCAAGAGUUUCACUGCCAAACCAUUGAUGAAUUACGAACAGCUUAUGAGUUUGGCCACAAAAAAGGCCAAAACAGAGAAGACAUCGCUUCAAGAGGACUUUAAGACUGUGGUUGAAGAGAAAAAACAAAUGAGACCAAUGACUCAAAAGGAAAAAGAAAGACUUAAAGAGGAAAUGUAUUAUAAACAGAGAGCUAAUAAAGGUUUGGCCCGAUUGCCUGAUCCGGAGACCACAAGAAAACACAAAUCCAUUAAUAAACCGAAAGACAACACAAAGAAUUAUAGUUAUACUAAAAUGGCUAACAAUUAUGAAUCAAAUUUAAAUAAUAAUAAAAAUAAUGGAAAAUUGAUUGGAAAUGGAAAAAGUAAUAAUAAUAAUAAUAAUAAUAAUAAUAGCUCAGGAACCGAUAGAAAGAUGUGUCAAACUCCUCAAAGAAGUGAUAAAUCUGUGAUUAAUAAUAAUAAUAAUAAAUCCAUUAAUGUUAACCAAAGAUCUGGUGAUAGAUUCACAAAUGAAAAGCAAAGUAGAAAUAUACCACUCAAUCGACAAAAUUCACGGCAAAGUUCUGGAUCUGCUUCUAAUAAAUCGGCGAUAAUUAAUAAAAUGAAUAAUAGAUUAACUCAAAGGGACAAUGAUUACAGAGAAAAAUAUGCGGCAAAUCAAAGGGUUCAACAAAAGCCAAUUAAUAAUAAUAAUAAUUAUAAAGCCUAUAAUGAAAGAGCCAGACCUCCAUCACCGCCAUCACCGCCACCACCGCCACCGCGCAGACCAGUGGCUAAAUUGCCUCCAAUUGGUAGCACAUAUCGUAGAGGAAUGUAUGAAGAUCCGGGAGAAUAUAUGGAUGAUGAAUAUGAUGAAGAAGAAGAGGACGAUGAUAUGGACGACUUCAUAGACGAUGGACCACAAGAAGCUGAAGAAAAUGACUAUUCAAGUCAUAUUCGAGAGAUUUUUGGUUACGACAAACGCAAAUACCGUAAUAUUGUUGACGACGACGACGACAUUCAAGAGUCCAGUUUUGUUCAGUGUAUGAAAGAAGACGCCAGAAGUGCUCGACUCGGACUUAUAGAAGACUUGGAGGAAGAACGCAAAGAAGAGGAAGAGAGAAAAAGAUAUUUGUUAGAAAAGAAAAAAAGAUUUAAAUGA